CUGGAUCAGCGGGGGCAGCCCGCGGCCCACCCGAUAACACACACGAUAAGACAAUUUCCCGUCAGUGGUCGGAUUGGACUUUCGAACCAAGGAAGUUUGUCUCCGCUCGCGGUGAUUGGUGCUCCGGCUGCAUCUCAAGCGGGGCCGUCGCAGGACGGCUGGCGCCGACGUCACGAAGCGUGAGAUCUCUGGGCUCACUCGAGGAAAGAAAGGCUUUUUAUCGCGAGCGGAAAAGCAAUGGUGCUGGUUGAGCCUGGCCUACGACGGUCCAGAUGGAUGCCGCUGCUUCGGUCGAAACGUCGCGUGUAUAUAUCUUGAGACGCCCAGUUGCGUUGGGGUUGUGUGUCACAGCAGCAACAACAGCAGCAACAACAACAGUUACAAGCAGCCCAUUGGCAUUGGCAUAUACACUCUACUGAGCUUGAGCUGACGAAGGUGCCACCCAACUCUUAAAAGUGCUUCUUCGUCUUUGACUGAAGUCGAAUUCUACACCGAAAUGGCUGUUACCAUUGACCAAGGCCCACACGAUGGGCCAGAUAUGAUCAUCCCCCCAAACGAAGCUUCCCCCAAGCGGUCCUUUGGCGAGCACAUCUCUCACAUCUUCAAAGCUUUCACCACCAAGGAUGGUCUUGUUGGGGACUAUGAUUAUGCAUUCUUAUUCACGCCGAAUAUUCCCUUCAUGAGCAAGCCGAAGAGAACAGCUCCUUUCUUUGGUCUUCAGGAUCGCAUGCCAGUGGUCUUGGCUCUUCUGCUUGGGUUCCAGCAUGCUCUUGCUAUGUUGGCUGGUAUCAUUACUCCUCCAAUUAUCAUCUCCGGGUCCGCAAACUUUGAUGCAACUACGGAACAAUAUCUCGUCUCAACCUCGUUGAUUGUCUGCGGUAUCCUCUCGGCCAUCCAAGUUACUCGCUUCCACCUUUACAAGACUCCGUACUAUAUUGGGACUGGUCUUAUCUCUGUGGUAGGGACCUCUUUCGCUAUCAUUCCUGUUGCGACCAAGGGAUUGGCACAAAUGUACGGUAAUGGAAUGUGCCCCACUGCAGCUGAUGGCACCAAGCUUCCUUGCCCUGAAGGAUACGGCGCUAUUCUCGGCACAGCUUCUCUCUGCGCAUUGCUAGAGAUCGGGCUUUCGUUUAUGACGCCCGCUCUCUUAAAGAAGCUCUUCCCACCCAUCGUCACAGGUCCAACCGUCACCCUUAUUGGUGUCUCCUUGAUCCAGAGCGGUCUCCAGGAUUGGGCCGGAGGAGCAGGAAGCUGUUUUGGGAGACCUGAGACUGGCAUCUUCCAGAACUGCCCGACGAACUUUGCCCCUCAUCCUCUGCCAUGGGGAAGCGCUGAGUUCAUCGGUCUUGGAUUCUCGGUCUUCGUCUCCAUUAUUCUGUUCGAGAGAUUUGGUGCUCCGAUUAUGAAGUCAUUGAGCGUUAUUUUGGGCCUACUGGUUGGUUGUAUCAUCGCGGCAGCAUGUGGCUAUUUUGAUCGAAGUGGUAUCGAUGCCGCGCCCGUCGCAUCCUUCAUUUGGGUACACACAUUCCCACUCUCCGUCUACGGACCCCUCAUCCUGCCUUUAAUGGCCGUUUACCUUAUCCUGAUGAUGGAAGCCAUUGGUGACAUCACAGCUACUUGCGAUGUUUCAAGACUCCAGGUGGAGGGUAAGCUCUUCGACUCGAGAAUCCAAGGUGGUAUCUUGGCAGACGGCAUCAACGGCAUGCUUGCAGGCCUCUGCACCAUCACCCCGAUGUCUACUUUUGCCCAGAACAACGGUGUCAUCGCCCUCACCCGAUGCGCAAACCGUAAGGCCGGAUACGCUGCAUGCUUCUUCCUGAUUAUCAUGGGCUUAUUCUCGAAGUUCGCGGCUGCCUUGACGUCCAUCCCAUCCGCGGUCCUCGGCGGCAUGACGACCUUCCUGUUUGCCUCCGUCGCGAUCUCUGGUAUCAGAAUUAUCGCCACCGUACCCUUCACUAGACGCACGCGUUUCAUCCUCACUUCCGCGAUGUCCCUCGGCUUCGGCGCGAUCUUAGUGCCCAAUUGGUUUUCAUAUGUUUUUACCUACACCGGUGGGAACAAGGCGAAGGCAGGCUUCUUCGAUGCUAUUGUCCUUGUUCUGGAAACUGGAUUCGCUGUCACCGCCUUCAUCGCCGUAGCACUGAAUCUGCUGCUCCCAGAAGAAGACAUCAAUGAAGAGACUGAAUCCCUGGCUGGCGAUAUUGCCGACAGGAACGAGGCUGAAAUUGAGAACGCUGAGGAUCCUAAGUUUGCGCAUCCGUCUAAGGGAGAGUCAGGAGAGUCUCCGAGGAUUGCCACGCACACGCUCCAGAACGGUGAGAGUGUUGAUGGUGGUGAGAAGGUUUGAGUUUAUUUGAAGAACGCUCGUUGAGAAGUUGAGAAAUACCCUUGUAUUUGUACGAAAAUAUUUCUAUUUCAAGUGUUAAAUGCGAUCAAGUUUAUUGAGCACCUCUCUAGCUGUUGACAAUAACGAGGCACUGAUUUUCAAUGUUCGAAGUCAAGUUGGAUUUCUCAAAUACUUCGCCUCCGAAUGUUCUCAAAAGUAUUACUACAUUCAAAGCCUAGUCACUUCAAAUUUGCUCCAAAUGCU